ACACCUCUGUUCCGCAAUCUUCGUUUAAAUAUUGUCAUGCAGCACAGACCAACCUUAUUCUUUGGUUGUGUCUGAUCAUCUUGGUAUUGGUAUUGGACAAUGAAUAUUAGUAGCAAUAGCAGUAGCAGCAGCAAAGUGUUAAACACAUUAAGGCUGAAGAACCCAAAACUUCUGUUACUAGAAUCCUGCAAGAACUUGUCUCAGCUGAAAAUCAUCCAUGGUCAUAUGAUAAGAACCCAUAUCAUUUUUGACAUCUUCGCUGCCAGUCGUCUUAUGUCCCUAUGCACUGACCCUUCCUUUGGAACAACCUUAUUAGAUUACGCUUGCAAGGUCUUUUCCCAAGUUGAAACCCCUAAUCUAUUCAUCUACAACGCCUUGAUCAAAGGGUUUUCAGCUAGUCAAAACCCACAUCAGUCUUUCCAUUUUUACACCCAAUUAUUACGUGCAAACAUUCUUCCUGAUAAUCUCAGCUUCCCAUUUUUAGUCAGGGCAUGCGCCCAGUUAGAGUCCCUUGAUAUGGGAAUUCAAGCCCAUGGACAAAUAAUGAAGCAUGGCUUCGAAAACAAUGUUUAUGUACAGAAUUCUUUAGUUCACAUGUAUUCUGCAUGUGGGGAUAUAAAGGCAGCAAAUGCAAUUUUUCAACGAAUGGCUUGUUUAAAUGUGGUUUCUUGGACUUCAAUGAUAGCUGGAUUUAAUAAAGUUGGGGAUGUCGAGAUGGCGCGUAAGUUGUUUGAUACAAUGCCGGAGAAGAACUUGGUUACUUGGAGUAUAAUGAUUAGUGGAUAUGCCAAGAAUAGUUAUUUUUGAAAAGCUAUUGAAUUGUUUCAGGUUCUUCAGGAAGAAGGAGUUAAAGCUAAUGAGACGGUUAUGGUUAGUGUGAUUUCUUCUUGUGCUCAUUUAGGUGCAAUUGAAUUAGGUGAAAAAGCUCAUGAGUACAUUGUUACGAAUAAUUUGAGUUUGAAUAUGAUUCUUGGGACAGCUUUAGUAGAUAUGUAUGCAAGAUGUGGGAGUAUUGAGAAAGCUAUUCGGGUUUUCGAGGAACUACCCGAAAGAGAUGUUCUUAGCUGGACAGCUCUUAUUGCUGGAUUGGCAAUGCAUGGUUAUGGGAGGGCACUGUGGUUCUUUUCGGAGAUGGUAAAGUCAGGGUUAAAGCCGAGAGAUAUUUCGUUUACAGCUGUGUUAUCUGCUUGUAGCCAUGGGGAUUGGUAGGAAAGGUCUAGAGUUGUUUGAGAGGCAUGAAAAGGGAUUUUGGUAUUGAGCUAGGUUGGACAUUAUGGUUGCGUGGUUGAUUUGCUAGGUCGAGCAGGGAAGUUAGCAGAAGCUGAGAAGUUUGUGCUUGAAAUGCCUGUAAAGCCUAAUGCUCCCAUUGGGGGGCUUCUUGGAGCUUGCCGUAUUCAUAGAACUGAAAUUGCUGAAAGAGUAGGAAAGAUCCUGAUCCCUCUGCUGCCAGAACAUAGUGGCUAUUAUGUGCUGCUCUCAAACAUUUAUGCACGCACAAACAGGUGGGAAAUGUUGAAGUAUGAGCAGAUGAUGAAGGAGAAAGGAGUCAAAAACACCGGUUACAGUUUGAUCGAGGUAGACGGGAAAGUCCAUAACUUUACAAUGGGAGACAAUCGACCUGAAUAGACAUGAUAGAAAGAAACAUGGGAAGAGAUUCUUAAGAAGAUAAGACUGGCAGGUUAUAGUGGGAAUGCAUCCGAUGCAUUGUUUGACAUUGACGAGGAAGAAAAAGAAAGUGCUCUACACAGACACAGUGAAAAGCUCGCUAUUGCUUUUGGGAUUAUGAGAACAAAGGCUCCGAUGCCAAUCCGAAUAGUGAAGAUGCGGGUAUGUGAGGAUUGCCACACAGCUACCAAGCUGAUUUCCAAGGUUUUUGAGCGUGAGUUGAUUGUGAGAGACAGGAACCGGUUCCAUCAUUUUAGACAUGGUACUUGUUCUUGUAUGGAUUACUGGUGAAAACACACACUAUCUGUGAUAUGAACAUCUUCCUCCUACUCCCCUUGAAUUUUUUUGAUCUUGCUCUUUCGAAAAACAAACCAUUCUUUUUAGAAUUUACCAAUCAAAGUUUCGAGAAAUUUAUCAUUUAUUUUAUCGUGCAUUCGUAUCCAGUACUUGCUCCGGUAGUCUUUCCUUGGCCGGAGCUUGGUUAGCCAGUCUCCCAUCGGUCAUUGAUAGGAACAAGAUUCACUCCAAGUCUGUGGUUCAACCUCCGGAAAACACUGUAAAUGAGGUAUAGCCUCGUAAGAUAGGACAAAAUGAAUAGAGAAGGUGAAGGAGAUGCCAUAGCAACGUACUAGCAGGUCCGACCGGCCAGACUUGACUUGGCAUUCAAGCUAUUCCAGGCACGUUUCUUUUUCUUCCAUUUCCUC